AGAAAGGCUUUUUUUUUUUCAGAAAUGGCCGUAUUUUGGACGAUGCAUCAAGUUCACCAUAGCUCGGAGUUCUUCAACCUUUCUGUCUCAUUCCGUAUCCCACAUCUUCACGACUUCGUUCAUUCGGGUGCAUUUUACCUGCCGCUGGCUUUGUUAGGAGUACCAGUCGAAGUGACAUUUGUCAAUAAGACCUUGAACCUCGUAUAUCAGUUUUGGACGCACACCGAACUGAUUCCUAAGUUACCGUGGCCCAUUGAAUUCAUUUUCAACACACCAUCCCACCACAGAGUUCAUCAUGCUCGACAAGCCAAGUACUUGGAUAAAAAUUACGGCUCAUUCUUAAUUAUCUGGGAUCGAAUUUUCGGAACCUUCUGUGAGGAAGAAGAACAACCGAUUUACGGUCUGACAACGCCUCAAAGGUCCCUUAACUUCAUCUAUUAUCAGUAUAUCGGUUUUUUAGAACUUUAUUAUAAAGUGCGCUCUAUGAAAGGAUGGAAGAACAGAUUACAGUGCAUAAUUAAAGGUCCCGGCUGGGAACCUGGCUCUCCGUGGACUGGUGAUCCGGCAAAGGUCCCUACGCCGGAUCCCUCCGACAGACCAGUAUUGCAUCAGCUGGCGUGGUUUUGGCAGGUUUUUCUUAGCUUUGACUUCGUUUUCAGCUUGGCUCUCUUUUCAAAUGUUCUCCUGCGAUACGAUCAAAUCCCCUAUGUAGUGUUCAUAGUGGCGAUCAUUUUUUGGCACAUUCAGGGAUUCUGUCUAGCGCGUGCUCUUGAAGGCGACCCACUGGCCGCUCUGUUUCAAGUUGUAAAAUUUGCGAGCGUUUGUUUACUGUCAAAAUCAGCUUGGAGCAUCUUCGGCCGCUUUUCUCCUGCAGAACGCUUAAUUCUCAACGUCAGCGGAUUGCUUGCUUCCGCCUUAUACGUAGCCGCUUGCAUUAACAUUUUUUGUGCGCUUACCCACGGACCGUUGUCUAAGACAGACAAACUUAAGCUUCACUAAUUUGAAUUCGAACUGUGCUGUUAUUUCUGCCAGAGAAAAAAAUAUCCUUUUACGCAAGAGAUAUGGAAUAUAUCUUCUUAACAAAAAAAAGAAUACAUUUUUUUUUCGUUUUAAUUUUUUAUUUUAAUGCUCACAACUAUUCAGAUAGGAAACGUACAGUUUUGUACAGUUAUUAGAUUAGUAACGAAUGUCAAUGUUUACACGGAUAAAGAUAGGCAAUGGCUGAGAUUGGAGCAUCACUUCAGCAUGUAGGUUAAAAUUCGAUAAACCUCGACUUUAAUAUCUACUGUCUACCAUCUCAUAUUAACUGAAGACGUCGUAAUUGAGUUCAAUGGUCUCCUGAUACAUCUGAUUUUCGUGAAUCUAUAGCAAUACUGGAUCUGUAUGACAUUCAUGAAAUCACGGAAAACUCGUCAUUGCAAGACGAUUCUAGUCCGACAACAUAAAAAUGCACCAAAACACAGAAACAAAAUAGAAAUGCAAAAAAAAAGAUAUUCAUGUGUGACCUUACUGUGCAUUUUAAUAAAAUGCUAUAAGCGAUCAGCUUAUGGAUACCUUUAGCAGAUUCUUACUUAAUAGCAGCAUUCAACUAACUGUCAGAUUCGCUGUUUCCAGCCGAACAUCGUUUGGCGGGAAAAAUACAAAAAGCCGACUUGACAACAAUUACAGAACUAUACUGAAUAGCACUUUCAUUUGUUCAAAAACAAAUGUCUCGCACGCGAAAAACGUAAUUGUGUAGCUUAUAUUAGUGAAGAAAUAAUGUAGGUAUGCCGCGUUUGUUGGAACUAUUUAAGCAUUCUAGACGUUUGCAAAUAUUGCAUCAACAAUUUCAUAUCUCUAAGUUCGUGCACACCUGUUUCGUACACGCUUUCCGUACCUCAUUCACGUUAGUUACUAAGGAUGUUGUGCAACACGUGAUCACGUACCGCAUGAGCGAAAAACGCACGUGAUCCUUAUACCAUAUAUAUUAUAAACCAGUGAUAUAUGAUAUAUCAUAUAUCACUGGUUUACAGAAUAAGUUGUUAUACGAUUUGAGGGUUUCUUUA